CAAAAAACCCAGUAUGAAGUGUUUACUGUCAUUGGCGAUGCUAGCGACUGUGGUCGCUGCUGAUAUCGACUGGUCCAGGGUGCGACCGAUCGAAGAGUUUGAUCACUACUGGGCACGCUUACCACCAAAGCUACAGGCACUACGUCAAGCGAUGCCCAACCAGAGGGUGAUCAACGGUCAGGAAGCCUAUCCUGGCCAGUUUCCGUAUCAAGUAGUUUUGAUCAGCGAUUACGGUUCCAUUUCCGCCCUUUGUGGUGCUUCGGUGUUGAGCAAUAAUUUCAUUUUAACCGCUGCCCACUGUGUCGUGGAUGCGACCGGUGGCAUUGCUUUGAUGGGGGCUCACAACCGUCAGAACAAUGAGCCCACCCAGCAAUCCUGCAGCUUCAGCUCCGACGGCAUCAACAUCCAUCCGCAGUAUAAUCCAACGACAUUCCGGAAUGAUGUGGCCACGGUUCGACUCAACAUUCCAGUAGUUUUCAAUGAUCGCGUGCAACCGGUAAAGCUCCCUGCCCAUUCCGAUACAAGAACAUUCUCUGGAUGGUUUGGAACCGUUUCUGGAUUUGGACGAACCUCGGAUGACAGCCUGGCAACCUCGGAUGUACUCAGAUACACGUAUAAUGCGAUCAUAACGAAUGCAAAUUGUUUGGAAAGGUGGGACAAUAACGUUGACCUCAUUGGGCCGCAAAAUAUCUGUCUAUCCGGAGAAUACGGUCGAGCGUCCUGUGGAGGUGAUUCUGGUGGUCCACUCACCAUUCCGGAGACAGAAUUCUCGCUGCAAGUCGGUCUGGUAUCGUUUGGAUCUGCAGCUGGUUGUGCGAUCGGAAUACCAUCAGUGUUUGCCCGCACGUCCUUCUUCCUGGAGUGGAUCGAAGAAAACUCCGAUGUUGUGGUAGAACCGUAGGGUACCUUCAGAUAGGCCGAGUAAAAAUCUCUCUAUGUUGAUAUUUUCUCUACCUCGACCGAGCACCGCAAUUAUUAUUGGAGUAAUCUACAAACGUGUCGUCAAGCAAAGAUAACAACCGUGCCCAAUAGGGUGACA